CUUUGCCGCCAAAAAGCGUCCCACUUUCCUGCGCUCGCCUCAAAGCCCUUGGACCCAGCUCAAAGAGGUUAAAAACUGAUCUCAAAGAGGGCAAAAUCUCUAGCGAAUAUCUACCUUUCUAAUUGAUUCUUAGUUGCAGUGAAUCGUAAAUGCAGAUUCAGGUAAAAUGCAGCUGCGGGGAGGAGAAAUGCCCGGAAUGGGCAAUUCUGGAACUUCAAGGUGUGGUUGAAGCCCAACCCUCCUUCAAAGAUCGCCUCGAAAAUCUCCAAAUUGGCAUUCUCUGCCGCCCCUCUUCCCAGGAAAAUUAUACAUUUACUGUUGGGUAUCAUGAAUUGACCGGGUCCAAAGUGCCCUUGAAAAAGCCAAUGUUAGUAUUGAAGAAAAUCAAACUUGACUCUGAGGAAAAGAAGGGUGACAUUAGUUCAUCAAGGGUGGAAUUGGACGUUAUUGGAAUAAUUCGUCAAAGGAUUCUUUUUAAAACCAGACCUAAGGCACUCAUAUCAAAGCCUCAACCUAUUGGGAAGGAAAAAGGCAGUGCGGCAGUAUCCUCUAUGUCAAAUUGAAUCUUACUGUGCAUGUGAUUUUGUUGAAAGCUCCAAGCUCUCCCUUAUAUAAUCCUUGAUCGGCUGAACUUAAAUGUGACCUGGAACUUUUACAUAGUCCAAGUAAUUUGAUAUAUAGACUGAACUUUUAUUUCAGCUAUGUCAAAGAGUCAUUUCCACGCACUGAUGCUGGAUUUGUCGAAUCCUGAGCUGUCUUUCCUCUUAGAAUAUCUCUUGAAUAAGCGGGACUUGAGGCUCCUAUUUCACUGAAGUCCGUGCAUAUCUUAAAUCAUGCUUUUCACAAGUUCGGUACGCUAGAGGGUGAUGAAGGAACACAGACUUGUUUUUCUAUAUCAUCCUUCGAUUAUAAUUUCGGUUUAAGACUAGACAUUAGGUGUUGCAGUGCUCUUAGCAUUAUGGUUAAGCAAAAAGAAACUAUAGCAGAAAGAAUUUUACUCAAAACGUUUUGCUUCAAUGUGAUUAUUUUGUUCUGGAUUAGGAAAUGGAAAAGUAUGCUUGGUUUUGUGAAGUAACAAGAUUCUUAAAUGGAGUUCUAACUUUAUGAACUCUAAAUCCAAGCAUGUCCAUCAGCCUAGAUGCAGCAUGAAUACCUCUUGAAUACUUGCAAUUACAAAUUUAUGUGGUUCCUCGACAUCUUAAAGGUGCAGAGGCAACUGUUAGCAAAGGCAUUCCAAUUUUCUAGCAACUUGGUUUGUAUUUCAAAAGUGUUUUGCUAUAGGUGCUCCUCUGGUUUCUUUCUUAAUUGAA